ACUCAUGCAACAACUUCAGCAUCAAACUCUGUGGACUUAAAUUUGUAGGCAUUGACAGGCCAGGCAGUAAAAUUCAAGGUAAGCAGAUACUGUGUUUGUCUAAAAUGGCUCCAUAUGGUUUACUGCAUCCACUGUCAUCAGUCUCCUUUGAAGGAAAAAUCCAGUUCUCCGCAAGACAGGAUCUCUCUUUUGCAAGAAGCAAGUGUUUUAAGGUCCCAGAGACUGAGAGCCAGGGAGACGUGUGGAGCAUCAAGCCACCAGAUUUCUCCCCUAAACUGUACCGAUCUUUGUCAGUUCCUCAAAAAGAAGUAAGAAAAACAAACCUGCCUGUACUGCAACCGAGUGAAGCAAAGAGGAAGACUGGGAUAUAUUUACCAAAUGCGUUACAUGAGAGUACAAAAAGGAAACACCCCCCGAAGUUCAUCACAUCGUACAGGCCUCCUGAUGCUCUGGAGUCUGAGCUGAUGUUUGUGAAGACAGGGAAGUAUUCCUGUGAGCCUCACAAGAACCCUAAGCCUUACAACUUCAGACCACUUGAUGAGACCCUUCCAGAUAUAGUAACUACAUACGAGAGAGAUCCUGGUAACCUGAAAUUAAAAUUAAAGCACCUGGACAUAAUACAGACCACUAGACCUGAGUCAGGCUUUAGUCUGAGGGAGACAAAGGCAAGGAUGGACACAUAUAAACCUGCAGAGCCUAAAUGGGAUGUGAGGCUCAGACUUCCUCAGCUGCCCUGGCCUCCAAAAUCAGCUUCCUAUACAAGACACCGGCGAAGAAGGGGCGCACACAGUGCAUUCUUGGACCGGGUGGAGGAGAAACUCUCAAAAUCCUGGAAAAGUAGACCACGACUCUAUGUUUAGCUCUGUCUAUCACUGUUGGUACAAAUGUAUACUGUAUUUGCAUUCUUUAAUGUAAUGUGGUAAUUUAGAGCCACACAAUACUACAUUUUGCGCCCUCUUGCCUGUAGAAUUACAUAUAAGCAGGACAGCGUUAAUGCCUUCUUUAGCUUCACAUUAAACACAUUAAAUACUGUAUGUUCAUUAGAGGCCCCUGGUAAUUGGGCUAAACUCAAGAAUUCCAUAAUUUUUUUAUUGUUAAUGAAAGGUAAAGAUCC